AGGUGCAUUUUAUUGGAAUUCCAUAGAAAUGAUUAGCCUUUAGUUUACUAUUUACUUAAAAUCAAGUGUAAACAUGCAUGGACAAGAACAGGGUGCUGUUAAACCAAGACAAAGUGUUAUUACAAAUUACUUUGGCAGUAGUCCUCAGAAUCUUAAUCUGCAUAGUACAGCUGAAGUUAAGUUGCUGCACGAAACCCCGGCAAAAAAACAUCAAUCUAAUAGAAAAGUGUGUAGGAAAUUGCAGUGUGUUGUGUCAGCUGAUAUCAUUGUAAUAUCUGAUGAGGACGACGCACCGGCUGUAAACACAGAUGUAAAGGCUCCUGUUGUAAUAAGUUUAUUAGAUGAUUCACCACUACAAGUGAAUAUGAUCGAUAUUUCCAACAAAUGUGACUUCAGAAAAAGCAAGAAAAUGAUCAAGGAAGAAGUUAAAGAUUUUCCUAAAAAACAGUUCAAAUCCAUAAAAUCCGUAAAGGGCAAUGCUGUUUCAAAAAGACUUGUCAAUGGGGCAAAUUGCACAGACGAGAAACAACAGGACACUGGCAAUAUUAAUUGCCUUGGUGCAGACAGAAACAUAUGGUCGGACUAUUUAAACGACUGUGCAAAUCCUCUUGCGACGUGCUCAAAAUCUGAUACCUCAUCACUGUCUUCAAAUGAUUGUUUCAUAUCCAGCAUUACAACACCAAUCAAAAGCACCAUUAACAAUGGUUACGAAAGUAAUUUGAGCUGCCCUGAAAACCUGCGUGUUAAACGAAAACCACAAGACUCUGAUUCACCAGCACACAAACGAAAGAAGAUAGAUGACUAUAUGAGCCCAAGUAAAAACAGUUUAAAAAGUUCACAACGCAUAUUCACAAAUAAAACUAGUCCUACUGAAAAGACUGUCAACGUAAAACCAAGUUCACCUGGAAAAACCAAAGUUAACCAACGAACUAAAUCUUUCUCGCCGCCAAAAAAUCUCCUUGAUAUAUACGAAACAAAAAACCUGGAUGUAUCAGAUGGACUUUCCGACGAAGAUGAUUUUGAUCUUCCAGCAUUCUGUAACACUCAACCUCCUGCUCUUUGUAACUUAAACUCUUUAAUGGAGAACAGUUCAAUUGACGAUGUUCCAAAAACUGAGGCUAACAGUUACUUCUCUGAAAGCGAAACCUCAAACAGACAUUGGGAAAAAGAAGUUAGUCAUUCAGACGAAAUUGAAGAUAAAAGUCUAGAAGAAAUGAUUGUUGGUAUAAAUUCAACCACAGAAGAUAAUGUUCAUACUCAAUUUGAAUGUUCUCCCAUGGACUUCGACAGCCCAGUUUCAUCUCAGGUUUCGGACAGCAGUGUUAAUAACGUUCUUCAGAUGUUAAAAAGUUGUGAAAAUAAGAACAUUCCCCUGACACCCCGAAAGCAAUCACGAUCAACAAGUUUUGAAAGUUUCCACACACCACCUGAAACUAAGCCUAAGGAAAAAGGCCAUGUAAAGCGAACUAAGUUACGAUUCACAUUAAAUAGGAUGGUGAGAGACAAACAAGAAGGUGAGAUGUUAAAACAAACAGAGGAGGAUCUUCUUCAGUACGUAAAGUCCGGAGGAGUUUCUCGCUUCAUCAACAGCAGCGAUGAAGAGGAUGAAGGAUCGACUGAAGAACCCGAUGAUGAAGAAUAUAAAGUCCUGAGAGAAAUGACUUCUUGCUCUGAUGAUUGCAAGGGAUUACCUAACAAUUGUCCACCUGUAAAACUGUUCAAAAAAGAUCUUUUGUUUCGUUACUUUUGCCCCCAUACUUUGCUUUAUGUUGGCACGGAAGGAGAACCACCUAAUGCUCUUUCGAGAUUAAAAGACGUUGCAAGUCAACUGAAAUACUUAAAAUCUGGUCACGUUCGUCAAAUAAUUGCAAACAAAUCAUCACUUGUUAACAUUAUGCAGUGGCUGCUCAAGGUAGUGUCUUGCCACACUGAUAGACAAAUUGUAAACCAAGCAAAGAGUGUUUUGACCGAUCUAUUGCAAACGUAUGGGCCAUUAGACCCAAAUAACUUUGAUCAAAUGUUUUGUAAUUUUGGUGUCAAACCAGAAAUUAUGUCUUGCCACAAAACGAUACCCAAACCAUGCUGCGUAUGCAAGAAAAACAAACCCAGAAUUUUUAAUCUUCAUUCUAAUUUAUGCCUUGUGUUAAAGAUUUUUGCCUACUGCCUUCGAAACAGCACUUACAGAAUAGCGGACAUGGUUCUGGCCAAGUAUGUAACGAUAUUCUGCAUUAUGUUGUCUAUAACAAGCAAAGAAAGCGAAUUAAAGUCUGUUUUAAGACAAGCUCUGUCCACCACAGUCAAUGCUGUGCACAACUGGCAAGAUAUGAGGUUAAUUGUAACAAGGGAGGUUUUAAACCAAGUUGAAGACUACCACACAUUAGAAAGUCUAGCAUCUGAUCUUCCAACCAAUACAGCUCAAUGCGUUCAGUUACGUCGAAGUCUUGCACAAUCAGCAUUACACCGAUGUCUUGAGAAUUCUCAAGUCAAAGAUAUUGUUCCACGUGGUAUUGAUAAUGGAGAUUUACAGCCUGUUGCUGCUCUUUCAAAGAAACUAACGGUCCCAAAUGUCCGUUCUUUCCUCAACAAAUGCAACAAGCAUGUAUCUCACCUCAAGGUGCUACAUGUAUUAUGGUCGUGCGUAUUACUUGUGCAAAUUUCUAUCGGCAAUGACAAAAUACCAAAGCAACAGAAGGCCCCAUUGGAAGAAAUAUCUGCAAGUCUUUCAGCAUUAGAUGUUGGAAUAAGAGAUGGUAGUUUAUAUUGCUCUGAAGUGAAGCAUUUUAUUCGAUUAACAACAGCAAGGAUAGAUUUCCAAUUGGAGGAAAUGCCAAAGCAAAUAAGUUACCAAAGAGGUAUCUUCAAAUACCUUCGUUCUUCUCGUGUGAGCGAGGAAAUGGUCGAUAGUCAGAACAUAGACACCGAUCCGAAUGACGAAUUACGAGAAGCAUCUCCAGAAAAAAAUGUCGAUGUAUCUGAAAUAGCUUCUACAACCACUAAGCUCGAGACAUAGUUGUCUUUUUUAUUAUUAUUUUUUUGCUACUACUGUUCCAAGGCUUUUUGUUAAAGCAGAAAACUUUUCAAGUACAGCUGUUUUUUUUUCCUAACCAACGAAGCGUUUGCUGCUGUGUACUUCAAUGAUGCAUUUGUUUUCUCUUCCAUGACCAUUCUUGAAGUAUGUUGCAGUUUAUGCGUCUCACUAUACGAUAUUAAGGUGCCGAUGGUGUGCCUUUCAAAUAUUUUUCUAAAUUUUACAACAGAGAUUAGCUACCUAAGUAAUAAGCCAUUUAUUCAUUCCUUGCGUUUUUUUUAUUUUUUCCGAUGAUUUUCAAACCUGUUUCUCACUACGCACUGUUUUUGCGAUAUUUCUUGUUUUUCUUUCCAGCACGCUUCGCAGUUGCUUUUCUAGAUAUUCUAUUUCCUAUUGUCUUUUUUCAAAGUAACUUUUAAUUUACCAAUUUACCAAAUCUUCACGAAACUGUGGAAUUGAUCUUUAGAAGAAUACGACAGGUGUGUAAGUU